GAGAGAGAGAGAGAGGGGUGAAAAGGUUGAAAAAGUGCACAAAGAAGAUUAAAAAGAGGACUAGAGAAUGGCUGCCUCUCCAGAUCUGCUGUCCACACGGCAUCUCUGCUGGACCAUCAUCACAGCCCUACUGGUCCAAGAGUCAUGGGGACAGGAUUGUGGUCGUGCCCCACUGAACUCCGGGGUGAUCAGUGGCUCGGACGCCCCAGCAGGUAACUGGCCAUGGCAGGUCAGUUUCCAUGACUCCAGCGGCCACUUCUGUGGAGGCACUCUAAUCAGCACCCAAUUCAUCCUCACGGCAGCAUCCUGCUUCUCCAGGACUGACAAUGUAUUCAUCGCUGGCCUGACGGUGUAUGGGGGUCGUCAGAGCCAGGGUGGCAGCAAUUCCAACGAGCAGAGCGGGCGCCCUUUCCGCAUCACUCAGCACCCCGACUACGAUUCAGUCACAAAAGAGAACGACAUUGCUGUGGUGGUGCUGAUUUUUGCCUUCACUCUCAACGACUACAUCCAGCCCAUCUGCCUGGCUGACAGCAGCAGCACCUUCCACAACGGCACAGAGAGCUGGGUCACUGGAUGGAGAAAUGCUGCAGGAGUGCUGCAGCAGGUGCGUGCUCCUGUGGUGGGCAACAGACAAUGCAUCUGUCUCCAUGGCAGCAACAGCAUCACUGAUGACAUGAUGUGCGCAGCUGACCUGUCUGAUGCUAAUCAAGCUUGCUUGGGAGACUCAGGGUCGCCCCUGGUGGUCAGAGAGGGUAGUUCGUGGGUCCAGGCAGGCAUUGCAAGUAGAUGUGGAGAAGCAGGCGUGCCGGGGGUCUACACACGGAUUUCCCAAUACAAGGACUGGAUCAGCGGCCAAAUAAACCCAGGAUAUGUCACCGUCCUGUCCCCUGGGGUGGAUGCUGACCUCAACGUCACCUGUGAUCUUCCCGAGACUGACCCUCUUCCCAAAAUCUGUGGCCGUGCCCCUCUGAACUCUGGGGUGGUCAGUGGAUCAGACGCCCCAGCAGGUAGUUGGCCAUGGCAGGCCAGUAUCCAGCGCUCUAACGUUCACUUUUGUGGAGGCUCGAUCAUCAGCGACCAGUGGCUCAUCACAGCGGCACACUGCUUCCCCCCUGGUAACGACUCCCCCUCUGGGUUGACGGUGUAUUUGGGCCUUGAGAGCCUGGUCAGUAAUUUUUUCAACCGGGACAUCAGAUUUGUUACUGCCAUUGAGAAGCACCCCGACUUUGAUGUGAACACCCAUGAGAAUGACAUUGCCCUGGUGAAACUGCAUGCCCCCCUCACGUUCAACGACUACAUCCGGCCCAUCUGCCUGGCAGCGAAUGGGAGUGUGUUUCCCACAGGAACAGAGAGCAGGGUAACUGGAUGGGUGGGAGACAACCCUGCCACCUUGCAGCAAGCAGCGCCCCCAGUGGUGGGAAACAGACAGUGCAACUGCACCAGGAAGGACCUUGAUAUCACAGACAAUCUCAUCUGUGCUGGAGCCGACAUUGGAGGCACCUGUCAGAGGGACCUGGGUGGGCCCCUGGUGAGUCAGCUCCAGGUCAAUCCGCUGUGGAUCCAGUCAGGUUUGGUGUCAUCUGGGGGGACGCAGUGCAGCGGUAGCCAGAGUGGCAAUGUCAGUAUCUACACCAGGAUCUCCCUCUACCAGAGCUGGAUCAGCUCCCUCGUCUCAGGAGAACUGCCCGAGUUUUAUAAGUUCUCCACCACUGUGGUCGAUGCAGACAACAGUUUUGAAUGCUUGCCUGCAACAACAUCAAGUCCUACAACAAUUUUGACCACAGUAGAAGACACACCGACACCAACAACAGAUGUUUCCACGGCAGUAUCAACAACAGCAGCAACCACAGAGAUUACUACGGACAUUACAACCCAAACUACAGAGAUUACUACGGACAUUACAACAGUACCAACUACAGAGAUUACUACGGAUAUUACAACAGAUUACUACGGACAUUACAACAGUACCAACUACAGAGAUUACUACGGAUAUUACAACACAAACUACAGAGAUUACUACGGAUAUUACAACACAAACUACAGAGAUUACUACGGACAUUACAACACAAACUACAGAGAUCACUACGGACAUUACAACAGUACCAACUACAGAGAUUACUACGGACAUUACAAUGCAAACUACAGAGAUUACUACGGACAUUACAACAGUACCAACUACAGAGAUUACUACGGACAUUACAACACAAACUACAGAGACCACUACGGACAUUACAACAGUACCAACUACAGAGAUUACUACGGACAUUACAACACAAACUACAGAGACCACUACGGACAUUACAACAGUACCAACUACAGAGAUUACUACGGAUAUUACAACAGUACCAACUACUGA